CUUCCCUCCAAUCAGAAGAAACUUCUUCCUGUUCAGUUUGUCUCUGCUCAGCUGACUCGUAGUCAUGCGGUUCCGUUUCUGUGGGGAUCUGGACUGUCCCGACUGGGUACUCGCAGAAAUUAGUACACUGGCAAAAAUUUCAAGUGUCAAGAUGAAACUCCUGUGUGCUCAAGUGCUUAAGGAUUUGCUUGGAGAGGGAAUAGAUUAUGACAAAGUUGCAAAGCUUACUGCCGAUGCGAAGUUUGAGAGUGGAGAUAUCAAAGCUAGUGUGGCAGUACUCAGCUUCAUAUUAUCCAGUGCAGCAAAGCAUGAUGUCGACAGUGAAUCUCUGUCCAGUGAGCUGCAGCAGCUUGGUCUUCCUAAAGAACACACAACGGGGCUCUGCAAAUCAUAUGAAGACAAGCACUCUGCUCUGCAAGACAAACUAAGAGAGACGAGUCUAAGAUUGGGACAGCUUGAGGAUGUGUCAUGGCGUGUCGAUUACACUCUGAGCUCGAGUGAGCUGAGAGAGGUGAAUGAACCAGCGAUUCAGCUGAAACUUCAGUUAAACGGAGCGGAGUCAGGUGCCAGUGAGACAAAGGUUGUUUCAGUUUCUGCUGAAAAAUUCAGAGUCUUGCUUGCAGAGCUAAAACAAGGCCAGACCAUGAUGAAUGCAUUACAAUGAAGUCUGACUUCGGUGUCUGAACAAGAGCUUGAAAAAAUAUCAACAGAGAGACUGCUGAAAGUGCCAUUAAUGUAACUUGUGUUGGAUUAAUAAUCUUGUGUCGAUUUUUCUGUACAAAGUGAUUUGUCACUGAAGACAAAUCAAUCAAUAGAUCACUGUUUUGUAAAAUAAUACAUAUCAUGUAACUUUUUUUAUUAAAUUUGAAUGCUGUCGAUUUGUGUGUUGUCUUCAUAUGCUAAUACAUAACAAUGUAUUAUAAUUACCAUUAUUUAUAUUAGUAUUAUAUCAAUUUAAACACAUUAACAGCCGUGUAGUGUUAAUUUCAAUGCAUGUGCUUUUCUUGACUGUUUCCUGAUGUUUGCUGUUGCUGUUUUGUAAAUUCUGUAUCAUGUAUAAUUUUCCCUAUGCAUUAUCUUUGUUAUAGUUUUAUGUGAGAUUUUGCAGUGCGAAUUUUCGAAAAAGGUUGUUCACUCUCAAUGGCCCGUACAUUUGGAAUUAAAAAUGGUUACGAAAACAAAUAUCAA